UUUGGACUCCCAUUUAUUGGUGAUUCCACUUACAAGCAGAAAGGAAUAUUAGAUCCAGUUUUAUAUUACUUAUUUUGUCUUUUGAAUUUCAGAAAUAAAAGGAAGAUCAUGAGGAUAUUUACACUACCUCCAACCGUUGAUAUACCAACUGAACCAAACUUUUAUGACAGUGUGAAAAAGGUUCGUCUGCGACAGCAGUUAGAAAUGUAUUCUAUUGCCAGGAAAUAUGACCAACAGCAGCAACCACAGAAACAGGCUGAUAGUGUACAGCUUUUGGUGGAAUGAAGCCUUGAAUCUGUGAAGUGGAGAGACAGUGCUGAAGAUGACAGACAAUUUGGGAUGUACAGUAGUCAGUUUCAGUGCAACAUUAUAGAUAUAUAGACUUUUCCAUUGUGUACAAUGUUUCUGAAAGAUGGGCCCUGUGUAAAUGUACAAUGAAUUUUGUCUGGAACCUGAAAAACUGGUGUAGCUAACAAAUAGGGGAGCUGUCUUCCAGUUUGUAAUGCAAAUGAUUUCCAGUCAGAGACAUAGAUUACAGGAACAUGAAGAUGCUCAGUUGGGAUUCUGCAGCUGUUGCUUGUAAACUCAAGAUGGAUACAAGAAGUAUGUGGUACCUGAUUUGUAACAAAGCUAUCAAUCAAUAAACUGCUUGGUGUUGUCAAUGAAAGGA